AUGGGAGGUAAUUCGUCUCAAGAAGCAGUGCAGUCUUCAGAAGAUCUAAAAAUCAUUGAGCAUUUCGAGACUUACUACAAUAAGGCAACUACAGAAGAACAAAAGAAUGAGAUCUUAAAGCUGCUAUAUGAUAGUUUUACUCAUCCUAAAUAUUUUAAGGAAAAUAUGGAUCUCUUCUUGAACAAAAUUAGCGAUGAGAAGCACAGAAAAAUUAAAUAUAAGAAUUUUGCCUUUCUCAUGGAAUUGUUUUUAAACGGGAACGAAACUACAGAUAACACUGUUCUCGCACUUGAUGUUUGCAAGGAGCUUACAUAUCACCCCCUUACAUGGCAAGAAUUAUCAAAAUCAAAAUUUAAAUUUGCCACAAUUGAAAAUUCAAAAGAGAUAAUACAUGAUGCAAUCCUAGAAGUAUUCUAUGUAAAGAAGAUGUGAGAAUACAUUGAUAUUGUUGAAAAGAAAUUUCUGAGAGCCAAGAGAAAAAGAAAUGAGGAAGAAGCAGACAAUCCAGAAAAUGAAAGAGCUAAAUAAAUUAUUUUACACUAUCUCUCAAAAUAUCAAAUUAUCACUGUCUUUCAAAGAUAUUUACAACAACAGAUCAUCUCAGAAAGGAAAGUUAAAGUAUUUAUGCGAUAAUAUGGACAAUUUCUUGAAGUUCAAAAGCAAGGUGAAAAAUACUUCGAUCACUUUUGAGAAUGCUGAUGAUCUCCAAUUAUUAACAGUUAAGAGAUACUUUAGUUCUGGGUUAUUAAUUAUGCUGAUUAGAGUUAUCAUGAACCAUAAUUUCUCUCUAAAUUCUCUUCAGAAUAAAAAAAUUUCUCAAGAAAUUAAGACCCAAGGUUUUGAAGUUCUUGAAGAAUGUAUUGAUGUCUUGUUGAGACUGUGCAAGAUGAAAUCAGAUUUUGUUAACAAGAAAAUAUAUUUGCACCUUAACUUUGUGCAAAUCCUACUGUACAUACUUGAUUGGAAUGAAGAUAGCAUAGUUGGAAUCAGAGUGAAGAUCUUAAAAUGCUUAAAAAGUCUUACUAACAACAGGGCAGUAUUUAAAGAUGCUGAAUUAUUACCAAUGGCUCUUAAAGUUCUCUUGAAAGCUACUAAUACUGACAAUAAAGAAUUAGUUGCUCUGAGUCUUGAAUGAGUCAUCAACAUCAUCAUACUUGAAAAAUCUCCUCCAGAAGAAGUUUCUGGAGUUAAGUCUAGCUCUGAUAAUGGAGGUGCAUAUGAAGAGCCAAUGUCUGGCUCUCAAGGUGCAAAAUAUCAGAACCUCAACUCAAGAGUGAGAUAUAAACAAAGUGCAAUUACUCAGUUUGAAAAAUGCAUCAAUAAUUUCAAAUUGUCUGAGAAAGAAAAGGAAGAUCUAUAUAUUAACAAAGCAACAAUCAGCGAAGACACAAAGCUCAAAGAGCAAAUUAUCUUUAAUUGAAGAGUGGGACUAUUCUUGAUGUGUAAAGAAGCUCAUUCGUUAAAAGAAAUCUUUAAAAUGAAAGGAAUUAAGAACGAUAUGGACCAUAAAGUCAGAUUUUCGAAAAUAUUACUGAACUACUCUCUGGAAGCCCCAAAUUCAGGGUUAGGAUCAAGCUUCAGAGUAUUUGUGGAGCCAUUUUUCUACUUGCUAAAUGUUGUUAUCCACAAGGAAAAUCGACUUUAUUUUCACCAUAAGCCAGCAUAUUACAGAGAUAUUCUCAAAAGUAAGGUUCAUCAAAAAGAAAAUUAUCAUGAAACGAAAGUUGAUGAGAAGAAUAAGAAGGAAGAUGAAAAUAAUUUUGAUGAUGAGUUCUUUGAAGAUACAAAUCAAAACAGCCAUCAAGAAGAUAUUAAAGAGGCUUGCAAUCAACUCUUAGAAGAAAGAAGGAGUAAGUAUAUAUCUAGAAGACCCAACAACUCUUCUGAAGAAGAAAAAUCAAUUAAAGAGGAAUAUGACCCAAAAAGAGACGAAGAAAUGGAAAAAGAAAGAAGUUUCUUCCUGGAGAAUAAGGAAAACUUUAAUGAGAUCGAGAGUAAUAUUCUUACAAGUCUAAGCAGGAUCUCCCUUCAAAGAGAAAGCCAUCCUAUUAUACUUCAAAAAAUUGAGGAUAAUACUUCAGACAAAAGAGAAUCAAGAUAUUAUAUUGAAAGACUCAUUUAUUUUAUCCAGCUCUCUGUAGAUCAGCUUAAGGAGAUUAAAUAUUGCAAAGGAAAGAAAUUAACAUAAUAUUUAGAGCAGUUAGGGUUCAAGAUAUACUAUGCAAAAGUUAGCUG